UGUCACCGAUCCAUCCGUUGAGAAACAGAAGAAGUGUCUCAUCUAAAAAUAUUUUAGAAAACAACUGUCCAUAUCUUGGACAUGCGUGUGCACCUCGAGGGUACAAAAGCUGCAAAAUUACUAACAGAAUAGAAAGGUCAUCAGCCGAAAUCCAUCCCACAUACGUUGACGGUCGUUUUCUCUAGUACAAGCAUUGCAUUCCGCGUUAGGAAAGAAGGGUAUUCUGUUUUGCUUUGUUGCAGGAACCUAGCAUUGUUAGCAAACCACAUCGAGGAAGAACAUACUCCUCGUCGAAAACAAUCGAAACCAUGGUUGACAUUACGACUGGUAGUGUAGACGAUGGCAUAGCUACGCCGCCGUCCGUAGAAGAAGACACAGCGGCUCCGAAGGAUUCAACACCUCCGGUGCUCCGAUCGGAUAAUUCUCACACGAAUUCUACUAAGGCGAGUAAGAAAUCGACGGGAAGCGCAAAUAGCAGCGGAAGCGACAGGAACGGAUACCCCUCCCAAAUCGUCUACAAUUCUAAUCCGGUGCCGAACGGGCAUGGUCAUCGCAUCAGAAUGCAGCCACCACCGGGUUCACCUGGAUCUUAUCAAUUGAAUGAUGGGACGGCGGCGGGGUACCCUCCCCAUCCUAUGCAUGCCUAUCAAUUGUCGUCGUCUCCGAUUGUCAUAACCACCCAGGCACCUAGCGGGAUAUCGUUUUCACCCAGUGGUGGAAAUUAUCCACCGCAUAUGAUGAAUCCACACCAGGGAGGGCUUCCCCCCACUCCUCCGACACUACCGUACCAGCAGAGGCAAGAUUUGAAUAGCAGCGGUAAUGGAUCUCGCAACCCAAACGGCAACUUGGGUAGGAGUACCCACCGUCGGUCAAACUCAUACAACGGGCCACAAGGCAGUUCUUCGUUUUUUUCGCCUCAGGGAAGCGGUGCUCCACCGCUGCCGAGACGAUCCGGCUCAAAGGCGGGCGCCUCCACCGGAGGUCGACAACGCGCAAACAGCGAGGAUUUUUCUCCGGUUGCGGAGGUUCGCAAAUUGACCGGGACCGGUGCUGGCGUUCGUCCACCGGUUUCCCCGGGUCAUCGGGGGAGCGGAUCCAGUCGUCACAAUCGUGCGAAGAGUGAAGAUUGGCAAAUGCAUAUGUCGUAUCCGGGCCCGAUGUUUCCAACGUCAUUCACUGGCGGAAGCAGCAGUCCGCUGGAACAACACUCGCAGCGGAAUUAUUCCUACCAAAACCAGCAGCCGCAGCCUAUGAUCUAUAAUCGAGGUGUCUACAUGGGAGACAGUGGUGAUGAUAGUAUUUCGGGAUCGGUUCGCAGCAUCCGAAAUUCGAAAGAAACGAUUGGUGACGAUGGCAGUGAAGGCGGAGGCGAAGCAGUAUUUUUGUUGAACAAAAAUAGCAGCCGCAAGGCCUCGCGUCGGGGAGGAUCACGUACGAAGAGAAGACACAUGCGGCAACAUUCUGCCCAGCUUUUCAUGGAAGAAGUUAAGGGUACCGAACAGUUACCUUCUUGCCGUGACAUUAUUUUUUUGCUACUUUUUGUCUUUCAUCUGUUGGGCAUCGUUUAUCUUGGAAGAACGUACGGGAACGAAGCGCUUCUUAUUCACGAUGAGUCUCUAGAGGAAAGUGAGUCCUCCGUGACAAUCAUUUUGAUGAAUAUGAUUUAUCUUGCCGGCUUGAGUGGAGUGUUUGCGAUGGUCGUCUCAGGAUUGACACUUUUGUUGAUGGCAACCAUUGCAAAUAAGAUUGUACAAAUUGCAAUUAUCCUAUCGAUUACCUUCAGUUUUCUUUGGGGUACGAUGGGCGUAGGUCUCACCCCGAAAAAGAUUGUUCCAAUUACUGGGAUUAUUGCUCUAGGGCUGAGUGUAGCAUACGCAUUUAUUGUUUGGGAUCGAAUUCCAUUCGCAGCAGCCAACCUGAACGCUGGGCUAUCAGGUAUUUUGGCCAAUCCUGGUGCAAUCUUUGUGUCCUUUAUCUUUCAAAUUUUGUCGCUGGGAUGGUCGGUGUACUACAUCUUUGUAGGUUUUGGAGUCUACGAUGCCAUCCAAGAGGGAGAAAUCGACGAAUCAUUUGAAGGCGCUGGAUAUGUUUACUUCUGCCUCCUCGGAAUAUCAUACUAUUGGACCUUGAACGUCUUCUUGGUGAGUUUCAUUGUUUUGGUUGAAAAAUUAAUCCUGUGAUAUUUAUGAAACCUUGUGAACAAUGGACUCACAAAAUAUCUUUUCGUUUUGUACUUCCCCGUUCCAGAACAUUGUUCAAGUGACGGUGGCGGAUGUCAUCGGAAAAUGGUGGUACACGCCCGAUGGCGACACCUCUUCCCGCGGUGCAGACUUGAAUCAUGCUUUCUUUCGAUCAGUUUUCUAUUCGGUUGGUUCGAUCUGCUUUGGAAGCUUGUUUGUUGGUCCCGUCCGCAUAUUGAGGCAAUUUUCGGUGUUUUUUCGGCCGCCCGAAGAGGUUCAUUCGCUAAUGACUCUUCACGAAUGCAUGCACUGCAUACAAUCGUGCUUGACAAAUUGUGUCGAAUCACUGGCCAGACGAUUCAGCCCUUGGUCUUUUACAUAUGUUGGACUCUAUGGCUAUGGCCUGAUUGACGCCGGGUUGCAUUCUGCAGAGCUCUUUGACAAGAGGGGAUGGACAACGAUUGUUUCGGAUGAUCUUGUUCCAAACGUUCUCCUUUUGAUGACGUUUACGAUCACUGGUCUCACAGGCGUGUUCGCACAUUUAUUACAAAGAUUCGAGAGCCUUGCACUGACAGCAAGCCAAGAGCCGCUUGUCACGCCUUUCGUGUAAGUUUGAUUUGAAUAAUGCUUUUGCAUGGGAGACGUAUGUUUGUUUGUCGAAACUCUCGUCCUGUUCGUUUCUGCGAUGAUCAACUGACUCCGUGUUUUUGAAAUCGGCAGCGUCGGAGCACUUGUUGGCCUUGUGGUUUCUAGCGUGCUCUUUGGGAUCAUAUCUAGUUCUGUGAACGCGGUGAUCGUUUUGUUCGCAACCAGUCCCGUCGACUUUGAACAAAACCACCCCGAGUUGAGCGAAGAGAUGAGAACCGCUUGGCGAGAGGUCUGGCCGGGUUGUAUGGACGUGGUGGACUUGCGGGUACAAGUCGCGGGAUUCUUGGAUCCGACCAUGACCGGAUCGAUGCGUGGGCAGCCCGUCUACAAUGCCGGAUUGAGUUCGUCGUACAGAGCUCAGGCAGAAACCCACCCCCUCCUGCGUUGAGUGCGUGCAGAAUUUGGCACUAUUGUACCUGCUCCUGAGUAUCAUCAAGCUUCAUGGCUAUGUCCCAAAAUUAUAUGGGUACAAAUUGUUGCUAAGAUACAACAACGGAAAAUAAACGAAGUCUACAGCAGAUUUGAAACGGAAUCAGUGUUCAAGGUCCUGAUUUGAAACAAGCAAUAUCGAUUGAAAAUAAUAAAAGAAAAUAGUUACA